UGAAGCCUGGCUUGAAGGUUUAUUCAGCACUGAUGGUGGCAUUUGGAAAGCAAAAGGAUACUCAAACUGUAAUGAGUUUGUUAAAAGAGAUGGAACGUUUGGGAUUGAGGCCUGAUAUUUAUACAUUUACCAUAUGCAUUAGGGUUCUUGGAAUGGCUCGGAAAAUUGAUGUAUUGAGGAGAAUGGACAAAGAGGGAUGCAAGCCAGAUGUUGUUACUUAUAAUGUUCUCAUUGAUGCUCUCUGUAAUGCAGGUAAAAUUGAUAAUGCAAAGGCAUUGUUUGUAGAUAUGAAAGCUAGCAGCCACAAACCUGAUCGUGUUACUUAUGUCACUUUGUUGGGCAAGUUAAGUGAUUGUGGAGAGGUAGAUUCUAUGAAAGAAAUUUGGGAUGAAAUGGAAGCUGAUGGUUUUGCUCCUGAUGUAGUUACAUUCACCAUUCUUAUUAAUGCUCUCUGCAAAGCAGGCAAUGUUGACAAGGCGUUUGAUACUUUGGAUGUGAUGAAAGAGAAAGGGAUCUCACCAAAUCUUCGUACUUACAACACCUUGAUUAGGGGACUAUUAAAGGAAAGUAGUUGUGUCCCUGAUAUUUUCACAUACAACUUGUUACUUGGUGAGCAUGGGAAAUCGGGGAAAAUCAUUGGUGAGCAUGGGAAGUCAGGUAAAAUCACUAAACUAUUGGGAAUAUAUGAAGAAAUGUGUAGUAGGGGAUGCAAGCCUGACACAAUCACAUAUAACAUACUCAUUUCCAGUUUAGUGAAAUUUAGUUGUGUCGAUAAGGCUAUUGAUUUGUACUCUGAUCACGUUGGUCGUGAUUUUCCCCCCUCUCCUCAUACGUAUGGUUCGCUCAUUGAUGGCUUUUAAAGUUAGGAAGACACGAAGAAGCAAUGCUUUUCUUCCAUGAGAUGGCAGAAUAUGGAUGCAAAGCUAAUCGUGCGAUUUUUAAUAUUCUUAUAAAUGGGUUUGGAAAAGCAGGAGACGUGGAAACUGCCUGUCAUUUGUUCAGAAGAAUUGUUAAAGA